AUGUCGAAUCCAGUGGGCAGUUUAUCGGUAGAUACAGUGUAUGGAUGCCACAUCGGGAUGACAGAGGACUCCCUCUCCAUCCUGGAGCGAAACAGAGUCUCCGGAGAACCCUGGGACAUGGAGGAGCACAAACCCGGCGUGGAAAGCCCCGAGCGUGGUGUGUCGGGCCUCUACCUGUCAUGCUUCGACAUGCUCCUCACAGAAGACGCCACCUGGCUGGUGAAGGUUUCAGAGGCUUCACCAACGCAGGAUGAGCCCAUGACUCGCAUGGAGCCCCAAGAGGAACCAGAGCAGUGCCCCGUCAUUGACAGCCAGGAACAGGGACACUCUCCUGGGCUGGAGGGGCAGGAGGAGGAGCGGUCUCUGGAGCAGGUGCAGAGCAUGGUGGUGGGAGAAGUGCUGAAGGACAUUGAAACAGCCUGCAAACUGCUCAAUAUCACCCCAGACCCUAUAGAGUGGAACACAGGAAAUGUCCAGAAGUGGCUGCUGUGGACCGAACAUCUGUACAGGUUGCCCCAUGCAGGAAAGGCCUUCCAGGAUCUGACAGGAAAGGAUCUGUGUGCCAUGAGCGAGGAGGAGUUUCACCAGCGCUCGCCGCAGUGUGGAGACACGCUCCAUGCACACCUGGAUAUAUGGAAGUCAGCUGCUUGGAUGAAAGAGAGGUGUUCAGUUGGAGAUACAAAAACUACAGACGGCGAGGAUCUUUGGUCCGAGGCAGAUUCAUCUUGUUCCGGUCAGCCCAUUCAUCUGUGGCAGUUCCUCAGAGAACUCCUGCUCAAACCUCACAACUAUGGCCGCUGCAUUCGCUGGCUUAAUAAAGAAAAAGGUAUUUUUAAAAUUGAAGACUCGGCUCAUGUCGCGAGACUGUGGGGACUCAGAAAGAACCGACCUGCAAUGAACUAUGACAAGCUGAGCCGCUCCAUACGUCAAUACUACAAGAAGGGCAUCAUCCGCAAGCCUGACGUGUCUCAGAGACUGGUGUACCAGUUUGUUCACCCAGUAUGA